AUGGUGUACUUUUCAUCAGACCUUGUUGACUCCUCUCCAAAUGUAGCGUUUAUGGUUGUGGCCGAAAAGCUCACUUAUGGUCUCAUCACUCCAUAUGACUUUGUGCCACAAGCCAGUGCUCCUGGGUUUGCCGCUCACCAUCCGCCAGUGAUCGUGGAAGUGAAACCAUACGCCACACCGGUACACAUUAGGCAAAGGCCAUGUUCGCGCGAAGCAAUUACCGCCAUUUACGAAAUUAUCCAGAAGUUUCUGAAGGCAGGUAUCUUGGUCCCUAUCCAGUCACCCUGGAACACCCCGAUCUUACCCAUAAGGAAACCGGAUGGGGUCUCCUUUAGGCCGGUACAGGAUCUUAGGAUUAUUAAUGACGUCACAGUGACGAUCCAUCCGGCUGUCCCGAACCCAUACACAUUACUAAGCUUGAUCCCACCUAAAGCCAAAUGGUUUUCGGUCAUAGAUCUGAAGGAUGCGUUUUUCACGAUCCCAAUACACCCCGUGAGCCAACCGUUGUUUGCAUUUGAGUGGGAAAACCCGACCACGGGAACUAAACUACAAUACACCUGGACACGUCUACCCCAAGGGUUCAAGAACUCACCCACCCUGUUCGGAACGGCUCUGGGAAGGGACUUACAAUAUUAUGUACCUAGACAAAAGGGAGACACAGUGUUACAAUACGUGGACGAUGUGCUGAUUACUGGGCAGACUGAGGACUUAUGCUGGGAAAACACCAAAGCCUUGUUUGUUCUCUUGGUAGAGUGUGGAUAUAGGGCAUCGAGGAACAAGGCCCAGUUAGUGAAGCAACGGGUGAGGUAUUUAGGUUACGACAUUGAACACGGAAAAAGGUCGUUAGGCCCUGAACGGAAGGCAGUGUUGGCUAUAGCAGAGCCCACGACAAGGAGACAGUUGCGAGGCUUUCUGGGGCUAGCAGGCUUUUGUAGAAUCUGGAUCCCCAAUUUCGCGUUAUUAGCAGCGCCCCUCUAUGCUUCUACUAAGGGGGGCAACACUGAUGAGUUCAUCUGGACUGAGGAACAAAGCAGAGCAUUCAAGGAGAUAAAAAGGGAAUUGACUAGGGCUCCAGCGUUGGCACUGCCAAACCUGGAAAAACCCUUUAACCUAUAUGUGGAUACAAAACAAAACAUAGCCUUAGGUGUUUUGACUCAGCAGUUAGGGGCGUGGCAACGGCCGAUUGCGUAUCUGUCAAAGCAACUUGACGGAGUGGCGAAAGGGUGGCCCCAUUGUUUGAAAGUCCUAGCAGCCAUAGCUGAACUGUUGCAGGAUUGUAAUAAAUUGACGUUUUCAUGCCCCAUUAACGUACACACCCCACAUGCGGUCCAGUCGGUGUUGGAUAACAAAGGACAUCUGUGGAUCAGUAACCAGAGGCUAGUGAAAUACCAGGCCAUGAUGAUUGAAAACCCACACGUCAGACUUCAUGUGUCCACGCGUCUCAACCCCGCAACUCUGUUACCAAUUGAGACAACCCUGGAACAUGACUGUCUGCAUGUGUUGGAUAAUGUAUAUUCCACCAGACCAGACCUAUCAGACAUCCCCUUACCAAACGCAAAGUAUAACUGGUUCACUGAUGGGUCCAGUUACAUGCAUGAGGGCAAAAGAGUAGCAGGAUAUGCAAUAGUUGAUGACAGUAGAGUAAUAGAAAGUGGACUGCUGGGAAGUAAGAGGAGUGCACAGGUUGCUGAACUAUGGGCUCUGAUACGAGCUCUGAACAGGGCGGAGGACGAAACGUUGAACGUGUGGACAGAUAGCAAGUAUGCCUUUUUGACGUUGCACGCCCAUGGGGCAGUGUAUAAGGAAAGAGGAUUUAGAGAUUCGGCAGGCAAAUUCAUUCAACAUGGACACCUGAUUCAGUAUCUCAUUGAUGCAGUGAAGAAACCUAAGAAAGUGUCAGUGAUGCAUUGCAAGGGACAUCAACGUGGUGAUGAUAGGGUAGCCCUUGGAAAUAGAGCAGCUGAUCUGGAGGCGCGGGCUGCGGCCCUUAGGGAUGAUGUCACCCCAGACCUGUCCAUUCUUAUAGCCCAGGAUUUAAGUGUUAUCCCACCCACUAUUAAGCCCUCAUACUCCCAGGCGGAAUGUGCAAAGGCAGUAAACGACCUGAAAGCUGACCUCAAGGAUGGCUGGUAUACCCUAGGUGAUGGCAGAAUAUACGUGCCAGCCUCAGCGGCCUGGCCUCUAGUACAAAUGUCUCAUGAAACUACCCAUAUGGGAAAGACCGCUCUUGAGACUGCGCUAGGCAGAGACUAUUAUAUUGAUGGGUUGGCUGGUAUUGUAGCAAGGGUGACAACUCAAUGUGAAGUAUGUGCUAAAGUAAAUCCUAGACAAGGUCCUAUAAUCCCUCCGGGAACAAUUCCCCAGUCGUACUUCCCCAUGGAUUCCAUCAUGAUAGACUUCACCGAUAUGUCUAGAUGUGGCCUAUACAAAGCUAUGUUAGUAAUGGUGGAUAUGUAUACUGGUUGGCCAGAAGCGUUCCCGACAAAAUCAAAACAAGCACGGGAGGUGGCCCGCCUGUUGUUAAAAGAGGUGAUACCCCGGUUUGGCAACCCGUCCUUUAUCUCUUCAGAUAAUGGGCCUGAGUUUGUACAUCACAUAAACCAGGCCUUAGCCCAAGCUGUGGGGAUAAAGUGGCGAUUCCAUAGUGCCUAUCACCCGCAAAGAGGCGCUACAGUAGAAAGAAUGAAUAGAACCCUAAAAGAGAAAAUAACUAAAAUAUGUGCUGAAACACACUUAAAGUGGCCGGACGCCUUACCCUUAGCACUGUAUGCAGUCAGGAGUGCACCCAGAAGACAACAUAAGUUGUCACCUUUUGAGUUGAUGUAUGGUCGGCCGCCGGUGUUGCUGAGAAGAAACUUAGCUGGGUGGCCAGAUUUGGGACAUAAGGGGGGUGUUUGGACCAUGGAAAUGGUACAGGAAUUAAAUAAACAGGUGACAAAACUAAGGAACUAUGUGUUGGAACAAUCCCCACCCAGGAUCAUCACUCAAUGUCAUUCAUUCCAACCUGGAGACAGGGUGUGGGUGAAGCAUUGGAAAAAGGAACAGUUGGAAGGGAGAUGGAAAGGGCCAUAUGUUGUAAUCAUGUCAUCCCCUCUUGCUGUUAAGAUUGCUGAAUCGAAAUCAUGGAUACAUUGGACUAGAGUUAAGAAAGCAGCAGACCAACAAUGGACUGUACAACCUGGUGGACACCCAUACAAUCUGAGACCGAGGCCGAUCCGCAAGUAA